AUGGCUCGCACUGCUUUCGCUGCUCUGGCCUUCGGCAUGCUCGGUGCCGCCAACGCCCUGGAGGUCGUCUCGCCCGCCGCCGGGGACAUGGUGGUCGCUGACAGUGCAUACACCGUUGAGUGGACCGGAGCCACCAGCGGGCGCUACGACAUCGACCUCUACUACUGCGGCUCUGUGUGCAUGGAAGACGAGUGCGGUGACUGGGUGACGGCCCUUUGCCCCUACGGCGACGACGGUUGCCCCGACACCCAGGGUGACUACGACGUGGUCAUGCCCGAGCCCAUGGACGGUACCUCCAGCGGCUACAAGGUGAUGGUGACUGACUCCAGUGACGAGUCGGACUACGGUUGCUCCGGCGACUUCACCCUGAUCGCGUCCACGGAAGCGCCCGACGCGACCGACAUGGGAGCCUACGUCUCCGUCACUUCUCCCUCGGACGGCGACACCGCCAUGGCGGGCGGAGAGUACACCGUUGAGUUCGACUACGACAACGGCUUGGGCUCCUCCGUGAACCGGUUCGCUAUCGACCUCUACUCGUCCGGUGGCUCCGGCGACUGCGGAACCUACGUGACCACCAUCUGCGACAAGCCUUCCAUCGGGUGCAAGGACUCGCAGGGCGACUACGACGUGGUGAUCCCCUCGGGCACCGAGUCCGGCAUGUACUCGAUCCGAGUGGGUGUCUUCGAGGACGACGACGUGUACGGCUGCUCCGACUCCUUCGAGAUCGUCGGCGGCGAGUCCAUGAGCGUGCGCUUCUAAGAGAAGCGUCCUCUAUUCGAUCGAAGUAUCUGAUAGGUCUCCUUUGAAAAUUUAAGCUGGAAAGAGUGACUGACUGACUGGCUGACUGGACUUGCGCUUUGGUUCUGUAUCGGUACAUUGUAGGAGAUCUGAGAGGUGAGGCUUGUUUGGUGGAUAAGAUGUUCUCGUCUCGUGGUUGUUUGAGUCUAGUUGUCGGAUUGAACGAUCGAUCGAGUGCGAGAAAGAAUGGGUGGAGCGAUGCCGAAGAGAAGAUGUAGAAGCAAACGCGAACGCGCGAUACAAGACGCGGGCGGGGCGGGGUUCGGACAAGUUGGCGAUAUUAUAGAUGUGCUCCGUUGACCUAGUAACGUUUAUUUCUUGGGUGUCCUUGCCUCUUUUUGUCUCCUUUUCGUGCGUGUGGUUUCCUCUGGUAUUAGUCUUGCCCCCCCUUGCCACAGCUUUGAUCCUCUUGCUUAGCGUCGUGUUGAUCGUGUCGAGGUAUUUUUUCUCCGCCACUGUGAGCACAAACAGUAUGGGGAGGCAGGGGGGUGCAUUUGCGCCCUAGUAUAUCGGAAUCUCUCUGUUUUAUCUUGACUUGAUUUUGUCUCUUGGGACGAAAACGAUGCUUUUGGCGGACAAGUGAAGGUUGAAAAAAAAUCGAACUUGUCCGAAUGAGUCGCCUUCAUUCGCUUGGCGAGAGAGCGAGUUUGGGCUUUUGCCCUCUCCCUCUCCAAAACUUGAAUCAUCUGUAAUACUACUGUGGAUGGAACGGCUCGAGGAGGUUUGCACAGCCGAACGUUUAGUUGUAUUGAACAGGCUUGUCUGCGUGGGCAUUUAGCUACAUAGCGCUCGCGCGCCCCUCCCUCCACCACCCCACGUGGCCCCUCUUCCUUGUUCUACUUGUUCUUUCCCUUUGAAUCUAUACCAUGUUUGUUUGGGCGGCUCCAACACAACGAAGCGGCGUUCCGACGGGAGGAAUGUGCUACUUGACGUCGGCCUGAACGGCCCGUCCAUGUAGAACCUGAUAUUCUCUCACUUUUUCUCAACCGAGUGUCUUGUGCACGUUUCGGCACGCAUUCGUCUCUUCUUCGACCGUUUUUCUAUUUAUCUUGUGUGCGUGGGAUAGCGUGUGCUGUGAUCGGUGUACCAGCACGCGCGCACUUGUUGCCCUCCCGAUGUUCUGGUGAUGCGAAAACGAUAGCCAGUCGUCUCUUGAGACGGUGGAGGAGGGAGGUUCAGUUGCAGAGGGAGGCAGUUGGGUGUCGGGUGUGCUGUGGGACGCUUCGCUUGUUUUGCUCUUCAUACAGGCACUCUCACGCUUCGUGGAAGCUUUCUUGCUACAACCAGAUUAUAAUUGUCAUAAUGAAUCGAGAUUUGAAACGGC